ACGUGCUAUAAUCAGAUGUAACUAUCUCUUACACGUGUUCCUUAUAAUGCGCACAAUUAGUUAGAGCUUAAGCAAGUUAGUUAGCUUAGUUUUUCUUGUAUAAAUACGAUCUUGAUGUACAGAAUUAUUUUAAGCUAAUACAAUCAGAUAUUUCUGGUUUUGUUGCUCUCUGUUUUCUUCUUUCUCUGAGAGUAUCAGAUUCUUUUAUGGUAUCAGAGCUUAAAGCUUCUGUCAAUGGCGUCAAACCCUACCCAAAGUUCCUCUUCUUCCCUUUCUUCUUCUACUGCUCAGCGUGAGCUCUCCCCAAUGGAGGAUCCUCAAAGCCCGUUCUUCCUUCACCACGGUGAAUCGCCUGGUGCGAUUCUGAUCUCGGUCUCUCAAUCUUUGACAGAGGACAACUAUUCUACAUGGGCCAGAGCUAUGCGAAUGGCUUUGGAUGCCAAAAGCAAACUCGGAUUUGUGGAUGGAUCUAUCACUGCUUCUAUGGCAAUCACGCCUCUUGAGAAGAUAGCUUGGUCCAAGAACAAUUCCAUGAUUUCAUCGUGGAUAUUGAAUUCGGUCUCUCCUUAUAUCACAACCAGUGUGAUUUACAGAAAUACGGCUCUUGAAGUCUGGAAUACUCUUAGAAAUCGGUUUUCUCAGGCUAAUGGACCGAGAAUUUCUCAGCUUUAGAAGCAGAUAUCCACGGUCAUGCAAGGAGAUUCAACAGUAACAAGCUUCUUUACUGGUCUUCAAACAGCUUGGGAUCAGUUGUUGAACUUUAGGCCUUUGCCGUGUUGUGCUUGUGGUAAAUCUACCUGUGGAGUCAAUGACAAAAUUACAUCUUUUCAACAUCAAGAUUCGUUGAUGCAAUUCCUCAAUGGAUUGAAUGAUGCCUAUUCACAAGUCAGAACUCAAAUCUUGAUGAUGGAGCCUAUUCCUUCUCUUGAUAAAGCCUUUUCUUUGGUCAUUCAAGAAGAGAGACAGAGAGCUUUGGGAUUCAAUGUCAAUUCUUCUGUUGAGUCUACUGCUUUAGCAGUCAAGAACCAAGGGUUCAAUCAAAGCUCAAAUUUUUUUGGCAAUGCUGGCAAGAAUAUCAAAGGUAAUGGGGGAAAAGGAAGACCUAUUUGCAGCCAUUGUGGGAAAGUUGGUCAUAUGAUGGAAAAAUGCUACAAGCUUGUAGGUUUUCCACCAGGAUACAAGCAGAAGGGAAAAGUAUCCAUGGCUAACCAGGUCAUAGUUGAAGGAGAUCAAGCUCAAUUUGAUUUCACUCCUCAGACUGCUUCUUUUCCAUUUACUUCAGAGCAAUGCAAGCAACUUCUGUCAAUGUUAAGUGCUCAUGCUUCUGCAUCAACUUCCAAUGAUGUAAUUCAUUCAGCCAAUUCUGCACUUUCAGGACCUUACUUGUUGGAAAACGAUUGGAGUGGGUAAGCUACAUCACAAUCUGUACCUGCUGCAAUCUUCAAACAUUUGUGAUUCUGUUUCAGAUAUUUCUUCUACUCUGCAGUUAGUUUUUAGGUCCUUUGUUAAUUCUGUUUCUGCUGUCUCUAAGCCAUAUCUUUGGCAUCUUAGGCUAGGCCAUGUGUUUGAUGAUAAGCUUCGAGCUUUACAU